AUGAAGACGGAACAGACUCCCCCGUCAGUGCUACUGCGUCGUCUGUCCGAAACUUCUGUCUUUCUCUCUCUACUGGUAGAGGUGUGGGAUCCUACGUAUACUACGAGGCUGUCCGCGACAUUCGCCUUUCGCCCUUCUUGCGCUCGGAAACUUGGAGUCAAGGCUGCUCCUCUGCUUAGAAGCCUGGGCGGGUGGGACAACCGUCAGCCCGGUAUGGUCGACCUCGCGGCGCCUCCAACGCCGUCCGCGUGCGGCUCUGCAGACAACAAAACAGAAGAAGAAAAUAUUUCACACAUCUCGGCUGGCUGGCACCGCCCUGUCCGAGCUGACUGGCAGGGUGAGGAUGGGCAGUCUCACAGUCUGCCGGGUCUAGCUCUCAGCAUCUACCAUGAUUCCGGCACAAGAACUGCAUUCUUCAAAUUACAAGCGAGAGUCGACAUCAAGGGAUGCAACCACUAUCUGUUUUAUCUCCAUAUCGCACCAGAAGGCGUUGAACAACUGGCCCUAUGCAGUCCAUUGACAACAGACAAUGAGUCGACACCAACCCAUCUAGAGCGUGCUUUGCGCUUUCAAAUAAGCCAGCCAGCUGUACUCGUCUCGCCUUGUUGGCCAUGUCAGCCCAAAAAUCCUGAAUCGGAAACAAAUCUGCAUCUACUUCAAUUACUCGGUCGGGCAACUGUCUUUACGCUGAGAUUCGGCAUCCCGUGCAGGACGAUUCCAGAUGCUAGCUUUGUGGCUCUAUCCGAUGCAUUGACGUCCAGAACCUUGAAGUCAAAUUCUGAUCAAGCCAACAUUCAAAGAUAUUAUCGAGGCCAGGGCGGGAUUGCCAUCAAUUUGACUGAUGCAUCGACCACUGCUGCGACAGGGAUACAUCAAGAAAAUCGUGCAGAACCUACUAGCCAGGCAGAAACCAUUGAUCAGCCACCUGCCUACGACCAGGCCGUGAUAGAAAAGUCUACGUCGGACCCUCUCGUCUACUCGCCACCAAGCAAGAAACGGAGGCGAGACAGCCCCAUUAUUGAACGAGACGAACUUUUUGCACAGUCUACCAAGUCUUUGUACGAGGACCUGAAGCAAAUUGUUGCAGAAAACAUCCGACUUGCACAAACUAACGAAGCCAAUAUGGUCCUCUUGCGCUCCAAGUCUGAGCAGUUUGAGAAGACGGUGGCAGAACUGAAGGACGAGAAUCGUCAGCUGCGAAAUUGCAUUGCUACCAUGAGUGAUAAAUUAGAAACCCUAGAACAGCGACUCGUUUCUGCAGGUGAAGAGCUAGACCGUAAAGUUGACCUGUUGGAAGAUCGGGUCACUUCCCUAGAUGCAUGGACAGAAGAUCAUGAGUGCGAUGCCGAAAUAGUCAAGGAUCUAGCGCGGGAAGUCAUUGAAGAAGAUUCAGAGGAACUUUUUAACCGCCUAAUUGCAAGGUUAACAGAUAGACUUCAGGGUAGUUGA